CCCAUGCCUUCCAGUCGCCGCUCUUCUCCUCUCCUUCCCUCGCUCAACCCUCCCCCAACCCCCUCACCAUGGCGGCCCCAAGGCUUCCCUUCCUUUACCCCAAUCUGAUGCGCGCAGUCAGAUCCUGCGAGCCUCACACUUAUCGAUCCCUGCGGAUCUCAUCCAGCAACUACCCACCACAUCACGCUCCCUUCCACACCAGCCGGCGACACGCCCAAGAGACCUAUCAUCGACGAUACGGCCCCGCCGCAGAAGCUCACCUUCCUCCUCCCUCUAAGCCCAAAGACAAGACAUCCCGCCAGCAAGCCCCUCUCCCCUCGUCUGGCGAGGACCCCGAGAGCAGCGCAUCUGCGGACUCAGCCCCGCCAGAACAACCAGACACCCAGACCACCACCUCCGAGUCCUCCUCGCAGACCCAAAGCAACCCCGCCGCCACCGAUGAACCAACCAAAGACAAAUCCGUGGAAGAAUCAGAAUCCCGCGAGGAGUCCGAACCCGCAUCGGAAGCCCGCGAGGCCGAAAUAGUCACAGCAUCACCGAGCGAACCGCCCCCUCGUCCGGAGGAGCCAAUCCGCAUAUUCCACCCUCUCAACCAGAACCCGCUCGAUGGCGUCCUCCACAUGCCUUCUCCCUCAUCGUACCUAUCGACGUCCGGCGAACCCAGCUCGGAUGAGAAUAAACCCCCGCAUCUCGCCCCCGCCCCUUACGUCCACCACUUUGAUACCUACUCCCUCGUCCAGGACCUUUCCAAGGGCGCCUUCACCGAGGAGCAAUCCAUCACCAUCAUGAAAGCCGUCCGGAGCAUGCUGCAAAAUAACUACGACAUGGCCAAGCAGAGCCUGACCUCCAAGUCUGACGUUGAGAACGAGUCCUAUCUGUUCCAGGCGGCCUGCUCGGAGCUUCAGUCCUCUCUGCAGACGGCUCGGACGUCGGAGAUGCAGCGCCAGCGCGCUUCCCGGACGCAGCUGCAGCACGAAUCAGAUAUCCUCUCCCAGCGCCUGAACCAGGAAUUGUCGGGUCUGAAGGAAGAUAUCAAAGGAAUGUUCAACGACCACAAGAUGUCCACGCGGGAACAGCAACGGAGCAUCGAUACCUCGGUGCAGGAGCUGAACUACAAGAUCACGGUCUCCCUGAACAGUGAUGGAAAGAGCGAGAUCGAGGGUUUGAGAUGGAUCCUAACGAGAAGAGCUGCAAUGGCUAUCGCGAUCAGUGCCUUCAUGAUCAUCCUCUUCCUUAAGUACUACUCCGUCCGCAAGGCCCAGGAGACCGCAGAGAAGAAAGCCAAGAAAGGAACCUCGACCAAGGAAGCCAAGGAGGCCGCAGCUGCGGCUCAGCAUCCCACCAUCCUCAAACCCAAAUCUAUGGCAGCUCCCCAUGUCCACCUCGGAGAAUCUCUUGGCUGAGAUUUAGACACCCCAUUCAUUCAUUCUUCUCCGGUCCUUUACUGUAUAACAUGCAUAUCCAAUGGCGCUCCCAUUCCGCCUUCCAUUCAUUGUCACAUUUAGCCCAAACCCAGACCACUAUAGAUUUCCUUCCGACUGUACAUCAUUCCUUCAUUCAGUUAUUGAUUUCUUGUUUCAUUCUUCUUUCGCUAGUCAAGAGUCAUAUUUGACUAGUAUGAUACCCCGAGCAUUAAACGGCAACAUAGAUAGACGGACGGGUUCAUUGUUCAUCAUGUCAACAUCUCAAAUCAUUGUACCUAUACUUAUCUCUAUAAUCUUUAGAACUCUAUAUAUGCAAGGGGUGGGGUGGGGGGCAUGUCCGCAUGUCCAGUCAUAAAUGCUCGCCAU